UGAGAUAGUUAGCAGAUUAUCAUCACUCAAUGGCUGGCUGUCUAAGUGGUGUCCGCAAAAUAAUAUAGGUUUCAUAGACAAUUGGAAAAGUUUUUGGGGCAGACCUGACCUGUUGAAAAGAGAUGGUAUUCAUCCCUCCCGGGAUGGUGCUGCUCUUCUCUCUAGUAAUAUGGCACAUAGUCUUAGAACUGAAACAUGACAAACUGGGGCCCAAGUCAGGAAGCAGACAGACUGGCUAAACCGACCGUCUGCUAGCUGCCUCACGUUACAGAAGUCAGAAAAUUCAGAUAACUCCCAACACAUAGAAACUCUUACACCUAGAUAUUUUCAAAUAGAGACUGUGUCUGUACCCCGAAUUAGUAAAAACAAAAAACUUCCAAACUCAUUUAAUGGUAAAAAUUUAAUUAAUGUUCAACAAAUAAAAAAUAGAGAUAAUAAUGCUAAACAAAUGAUAAAACUCGGGUUGUUAAAUAUUAGAUCCCUUUCUUCAAAAUCACUUAUUGUUAAUGAUAUUAUCAAAGAUAAUAAUCUAGAUGUGCUGUGUUUGACAGAAACUUGGCUAAAACCGGACGAUUACAUUACUUUAAAUGAGUCUAGUCCUCAAGGUUAUGAUUAUCGACACAAUGCCCGUCAGAAAGGCAAAGGGGGAGGUGUUGCUGUAAUCUAUAGUAAUAUUUACAGUAUUAGUCAAAAGUCUUUCAAAUAUAAUUCCUUCGAAGUAAUGGUACUUUACGUAACAUUAUGUAGGUUGACAUUUGUGCUGGCUACUGUAUACAGGCCACCAGGACACAAUACAGACUUUAUCAAAGAAUUUGCUGAUUUUCUGUCGGAGUUAGUAUUGGCUGCAGAUAAAGUCCUUGUUGUUGGUGAUUUUAAUAUCCAUGUAGAUAAUGGGAAAGACGCAUUAGGAUUGGCAUUUGCAGAUAUUCUAAGCUCUAUUGGUGUUAGACAACAUGUGUCGGGACCUACUCAUUGUCGUAAUCAUACUUUAGAUCUAAUAUUGUCACAUGGAAUCGAUCUUGAUGCUGUUGAAAUUCUGCAGCAGAGUGACGACAUCUCAGAUCAUCAUCUAGUCUCGUGUAUACUACAUUUAGUCAAGGCGGCUAAACUGCCUCCAUGCCAUAAAUAUGGUAGAACCAUCACUUCUACCACUAAAGAUCGCUUUAUAAAUAAUCUUCCUGAUCAGUUUCAUCGCCUUAGCAUACCAGAAAGCUUAGAAGACCUCGAUGUUGUAACAGAAACUAUUGCCUCUGUCUUUUCCAGCACAUUAGACUCAGUUGCUCCUUUGCGCUUAAAAAAGAUUAAGGAAAUUAAUCCAAUGCCAUGGUACAAUGAGCACACUCGGGCCCUAAACGCAGCUGGAAGAAAACAAAACUAGAAGUUUUUCGCAUUUCGUGGAGAGAGAGAAUGAUUGAGUACAGAAAGGCCUUAAAAUCUGCUAGAUCUGCUUAUUUUUCAAAACUUUUAGAAGAAAAUAAACACAACCCUAGGUAUUUAUUUGAUACAGUGGCUAAAUUAACAAGAAAUAAAGCUUCAACUUCUGAUGUUUCCAAAGAGCACAGCAGUAAUGACUUUAUGAACUUCUUUGAUUGAUAAUAUUAGAGAAAAAAUUAUAACCAUGCAACCGUCUAUUACAGUAUCGCGUCAGAUAGUGCAUUGUAGUGUCCCUGAGGAAAAAUUCAAUUCAUUUACUGCUUUAGGAGAGGAAGAAUUGUCUAAACUUGUUAAAUCAUCAAAAUCAACAACAUGUAUGUUAGACCCUAUACCGAC